CCGCUGGUCACCGCCGCCGUCGCCUCCGCCCGCCCUGCUCUCUUUCAGGUCGGGCCGUGCCCGGCUGGUUCCACGAGCGCCCGGCAGAGACUGAGGGAGAGAGAGAGGAGGGGAGGUGGAGGAGGAGGACUCAGGGAAUAGGAGCUGGGGAUUCCUUCUGCGCCACAGAUACUGUUUAUCGAGCACAACUCAGUUGAGGGAGAACUCAGUCGGGAUCUAUUUCUUGAUUCCUCUUCACUUCCUAUUUGCCAGCCAAGAUUUACAUUGGGUGAAUUCUGUUGCACUGAGACUGAAAUCAUCUUUGACCCGUAACAAGAGCAUGCAUAUGCAAGUGAGUCAUUAAAGUUCUCCUGAAAGAUAGUUACUUUUGGUGACAUUGACCAGUUCCAACAAUGUAUCAUUCCUUAUCUGAACCGAGACAUCCUCUGCAGCCAGAAGAACAAGAAGUGGGCAUUGACCCCUUGUCCAGCUAUUCUGACAAGUCUAGAGGAGAUUCAAAUAAAAAUGGAAGAAGAACAAGUUCUACUGUAGACUCUGAUGGGACUUUUAAUUCCUAUAGGAAAGAAUGGGAAGAACUGUUUGUAAACAACAAUUACUUGGCAACAAUAAGGCUGAAGGGGAUAAAUGGGCAGCUGAGAAGCAGCAGGUUCCGCAGCAUUUGCUGGAAGCUUUUUCUUUGUGUUCUUCCCCAAGAUAAAAGUCAGUGGAUAAGUAGAAUUAAAGAAUUAAGAGCAUGGUAUAGCAACAUUAAAGAAAUACAUAUCACAAACCCAAGGAAGAUUGUUGGCCACCAAGAUUUGAUGAUCAAUAAUCCCCUUUCACAGGAUGAAGGGAGUCUUUGGAACAAAUUCUUCCAAGAUAAAGAACUUCGCUCAAUGAUUGAACAAGAUGUCAAAAGAACGUUUCCUGAAAUGCAGUUUUUCCAACAAGAAAAUGUGAGAAAAAUUCUUACAGAUGUUCUUUUCUGUUACGCUAGAGAAAAUGAGCAGUUGCUUUAUAAACAGGGUAUGCAUGAGCUAUUAGCGCCUAUAGUUUUCAUUCUCCACUGUGACCACCAAGCUUUUCUACAUGCCAGUGAGUCUGCACAGCCCAGUGAGGAAAUGAAAACUCUCUUGAACCCUGAAUAUCUGGAACAUGAUGCCUAUGCAAUGUUCUCACAACUUAUGGAAACUGCUGAACCUUGGUUUUCUACUUUUGAGCAUGAUGGUCAAAAGGGAAAAGAAACACUGAUGACCCCAGUCCCCUUUGCUAGGCCACAGGACUUAGGACCAACAAUUGCUAUCGUUACUAAAGUCAACCAGAUCCAGGAUCAUCUACUGAAGAAGCAUGAUAUUGAGCUUUACAUGCAUUUGAACAGACUAGAAAUUGCUCCACAGAUAUAUGGCUUACGGUGGGUGCGGCUGCUGUUUGGACGAGAGUUCCCCCUGCAGGAUCUCCUGGUGGUCUGGGAUGCCUUGUUUGCUGAUGGCCUUAGCCUGAGUUUAGUCGAUUAUGUCUUCAUAGCUAUGUUACUCUACAUCCGAGAUGCUUUGAUCUCUAGUAACUACCAGACGUGUCUUGGCCUUCUGAUGCAUUACCCCCCCAUCGGAGAUGUGCAUUCACUGAUUCUGAAGGCUCUGUUCCUUCGAGACCCAAAGAGAAAUCCAAGACCAGUGACUUAUCAAUUCCAUCAAAAUUUAGAUUAUUACAAAGCUCGGGGAGCAGACCUCAUGAAUAAAAGCCGGAUCAAUGCCAAAGGUGCACCCCUGAAUAUAAAUAAGGUCUCUAAUAGCCUGAUUAAUUUUGGAAGAAAGUUGAUUUCCCCAGCAGUGGCCCCAGGCAGUACGGGUGGCCCAGUACCAGGUGGGAAUAGCAGCAGCUCCUCCCCUGUGAUUGCCACCAGGACCUCAGCAGAGGCCCCAAGGCAUCAUUUACAACAGCAACAGCAGCAGAGGCUGAUGAAAUCAGAAAGCAUGCCAGUGCAAUUGAACAAAGGCAAUGUAGUUACAGGAAGUGAUGUUCAGGUUUCUGUUCCUGUCCAGACUCUAACUGACCUCCAAGGACAAAGUUCUAAAAACAUGAGCUCAUCUCCAAGCAUUGAGAGUUUGCCUGGAGGAAGAGAAUUCACCGGCUCCCCACCUUCAUCUGCUACUAAAAAAGAUUCUUUUUUUAGCACCAUCUCACGUUCUCGCUCACACAGCAAAACUAUGGGCAGAAAAGAAUCUGAAGAAGAAUUAGAAGCCCAAAUUUCCUUCCUUCAAGGACAAUUGAAUGACCUGGAUGCUAUGUGCAAGUACUGUGCAAAAGUGAUGAACACUCAUCUUGUAAAUAUUCAGGAUGUGAUAUUACAAGAAAACUUGGAAAAAGAAGAUCAAAUUCUGGUUUCCCUGGCAGGAUUAAAACAGAUCAAAGACAUUCUAAAAGGUUCCCUGCGUUUCAAUCAGAGCCAGCUGGAAGCCGAGGAGAAUGAGCAGCUCACCAUUGCAGACGACCACUACUGCUCCAGUAGUGAAUCGCUCCAUUCAGUUCUUUACCGGUUUCUUCUAUCACCCAUCUGUACUCCUGAUUGUACUUCACAGGCCUCUUCAGACACUCCAGGACAUACGGAUGGGGGAAGUUCAGAUGACUUCAUCCUAGUCUCCAAAGAAGACGAGGGGGGCAAUGCCAGGGGGGCCUUUUCGGGCCAGGCCCAGCCUCUCCGCACCCUUAGAAGCACAUCUGGUAGAAGCGAGGCCCUGGCCCGCACUCCCCUGGUAUUCUCUGACCCACUGAUGGGCCCAGCCUCAGCUUCCUCCAGCAAUCCAAGCUCCAGCCCCGACGAUGACAGCAGCAACAACAGCAAGGACUCGGGCUUCACCAUUGUGAGCCCCCUGGAUAUCUGACCACGGCACCUCAGUUGGUCCUGCCUCACAGGGACCCAGCCAUCCUCUCGGUGUCUCCGAGGCCCGGCUGAGGCCCCCCGUGGAGGUCUCUAAACCAGUGCUUCUUUCCCAGCAUGCAUUUGGGAUUGGUGCAGCCAUUGAAACCUUUAGAGAGAACCCAAAUGAAGUAGAUGUGGCCAAAACACCCAUUUAUGUUCACCAAAAUGCUAACAGGGCUUUCCAGGCCCUACCUACCCCCCACUCCACCAGUGCUGAGUCAGGGCUGGGUUAAGUACCCAGUAUCACACUCACUGUCAGGAAACACCAAACCACAAUUAGAAUCACUUUUCCUCCAUCCUCCCUUCCCCAACUAGGAAGAGGUGGCAACUACAUCAAUUUUAUUUAGAAGAAGGAGGAAGAACUGGUUUUGAAUCUUCCCUCCCUUAGAGCAUCAGGCAUAGGAAAAUGGGUUGAUAUCAAGAAAAUUUCCUCUCUGGAAAUCUGUGUACUUCAUUUCUACCUUGUAAAACCUUACAGCAGAACCAAAUGCAAUAGAAUGAACUAAAACUAUGGAUUUCAGGGCUGGAAAAUAACCAUUACUGAUCUAUCAGAAAGUUGUAAUGAACUAUAAAAACAGAGUCUAAACUUAGGAAUCAUAUUUAGAUGUAAAUGGUGUUAGUUUUUUUAUUUGUUUAAAGGAUACAUUUCCAAACCUCAGGCCAAAUAGACUUUGGCCAUCACUGUCUCUCCUUAAACAACUGUAUUUUACCUUUUUCAGUCUUUCACAGCCAGAAAACAAGGCCACUUUAAGCCAGUCUUUGCUGCACUGAUUUCAGAAGCUACAAGAAUAUUAUAUUCCUUGAGUUGGAAAAUGUGUCCCUGACUUUAUGGGGUAAACAUCUGUCAGAUAGUCGAUUUUCUAAGAAAGUUUUUCUAGUUUCAGGACUGUAUUCACCUGACAAUGGAAGAAUAAAGGGAAAAAACUGUGCUCAUUCCCAUCCAGAAGCCCCUGUUGGUCUUAAGGGAACAGGAACAGAGAACUGUGUCCCCUUUUGCGGGGAAUGGGGCUUCCUGGAGUACAUUCCAGAUGCCAGGAAAAUGCAGCAUUUCUGCUCGGGCCCCUUCUCUUGCUGGGAGCCACGUGCAGGAGGUGCUCAGCUGUGAGCUGCAGCCCAGACACCCAUGCCAGGGCAGGGCCCCGGCUGCCAGGCCUGCCUGGUUUCAGCACAGGUUAGAGACCCUCCCCUUGUCAGCGGGCAGCAUAGGAAGUUGUGAUGAGCACAGACAACCAGACAAGCAGUUUCUCUCCUUCAAGGAGAAGGGCCCUGAAAAGAAAGCUUUUCCUGUCCUUUGCCUGAGCAGGAAUUCUAACAGGAAUGGGCGGGAACUGUACUCACUUCAUCUCCAUCAGGAAAGAACAGCCCUUGCCCAGGGGUGACUGGUUCUUUGGGCCUCUGGGCAGUGGAAACCUUCAUGGUAACACAUGGAAAAUUAAGUAUGAAGGAAUAGACACCGUUUACAUCCCUCCUGCUGCUAAAUGUAUUUCUCUUAGACAAAUGUGAUAAUGGCAUGACUUCCCACUUGCUCUCCAAGAAUAUGGUGACAACUCAUGAGCCAGCUACUGCAGAGAGGGUUCUAAUUAGCUCUACAGUUUGUUCUUAAACUCUCACAGGGAAGUCUCCUCUUAACACAUCUGGCUCUUAAGGUGAAUGCUGACUCUCUUUUUGCUGAAGUAGCAGUGUUAUUUGGCCUUCCACAGUUGCUCAGCAUGUGCUGACUGCAGGAGCUCUCUGGCUCCUGACUCUGAGAGGUCCUCUCAGCCCCCUUGCGGGGGAGGCUCACUGAGAAAGUUGCUGCCAAGUCCAUGUCCCCAUGAUGACACUUUAUGCCCCAGGGUCCCCAUUCAGCAAGUGAGUGGCCUCACCCCCAUGUGGGGUGCCACUGGUUACUUUCUCACAAAGGACUUGGAUCUCAAAGUGUCAGGGUCUUCUGUUCUAAGGUAAGAAAUGUGGAGCUGUCCCCACUGGAGCUCUAGGACAGAGACUGGAAAGGGCCAGAGAGCUGGCUGUCCCCCGGUGGUCGGGCCACCGUCAUCUGCUCACCUCCAGCAUUUUCUUUGUCUUGAGAGCUAAAAUCACAGUAGCUAAGUGUCACUGGUCACACAACAGGCUGCUGGGCACCCACCAUGCUGACAGAGCUCUCAGCUGAGUCCCUGCAGUCAGCCAGUGUUUACUAGUCCCCGGAAACUUCUUCCAGCCCUGCCUACACGGGGAUGUGGGUCCCCUCCAUUCUGUGCCUCUGUAUUGGUGCCAUGGGUUCACUCAGAGGUGUUGCUUCCUUGGCCCCCGAGAAGUUCUGUCCCUCGUCUGAGGAAAGAAACAUGUGAGGGGCAUGAAGCAUGGGUAAUACCAACUGCAAAUUCCCAUAGGCUCAUAGUGUUAGAGAAUUACAUUAUUUUAUAUUAUUAUCUUUUUUAAAUGGCUUUUUUUUAUUCUUCAUGGUUUAGCAUUGUUUGCAUUUUUAUUAGUUACAGUACUAUUAAAGGAUACGUGUUUCUUUUUAUUAUUUUUAUCAGGUACUUUUGUUUAAUUGCACAUUUUUUAAAAUCCUGAAUAUAUGAAACCUUUUUAUUUUUCUGUAACACAUACAGUAAUCAGUGGAACCCUCUCAUGGUUGGAUUAUUAGCGGUUAAAUACAUUUUAUACAAGUACAGCUUAGAUUAAUUCCCACUGUCAUCUACUUGUUUUUAUACCUGCCCCUUUGUGUUUCAUGCAUUCCUCCUUAAUCAGAUUGGAAAUCUGAGUUAAAAUUUAUCUCCAAACCUUUCAUAUGAGAGUUGCAGAUUAGAGAAAGAAAGUUGUCAUAAUUAUUUUGCCUUACCUUUGUGUAUGUGCCAAGGAGUCAUUAACACUUUAAACAUUUAAUUAUACUGUAUUAUUCUUCCAAAGAUGACCUCCUGCUAAUGUCCAGUGCUAACUGCAAUCUGAUAAGAAGUAAUGUCACUGCAGAAUGAAUGUGACUUUCACAGUAAGGCGAGACCGCCUGGUGAGCUUGCUUCUCUAGCGCUCGACUGAAUGGAGCCUCGUGCGUUGCCUCGUGGGGGCCGCGCUGAAGAGGCGGCUGCAGGUGGGGUUUGCUGGCCCACCAAGAACAAGAAGGUCUCCCCACUUGGUCAGAGAGCCACCCAGCAAACAAAACUCGGCAAUAGUCAUGCUGUCUCCUAAUGAUAACCUGUCAGAGUUGACCCAAGUUUAUUAUUUUUGUUUCUAUUUUAUCAUUAAGACCCUGCCCCCAGGGAUCAUUACAGAACAAGAGUGUGUAUGGAGGACGUAUGUCUCCACGCGCUGAGCAACUUUCCUGCACAACGCUCCCCCAUGGCUCUGCCCCUGUGUAUCCAGGGCAGGGGAAGUGGGGAGGCUCAGGAGGGCUCUGCGUGAACAGUAGAGAGAAGAGGCCGGGUUGCACUGAGGACGGCACCUGGAAGCCGGCUUCCUUUUUGCAGGCCAAAACUGCUCUCACAGUGUUGCUUUCAAAAGCUCUGUUUUUUAUAGUGUUAAAAAGAAAUCUAAAGUUCAUGUAAACAGGCUUGAGACCUCUUUGAUGUAAAAACUGGUCAUCUAUUUUUUUCUUGGAACAGCAUACUUCAUUUGAUUUAUGCAGUAUUCACUUCUGCCGUGUAUAUCCUUAUCGCUUUUUGCUCAUCCUUCUUUAUGCGGAAACUCAUAUUGAUUUAAGAAAUGAUUUAUCCUUUUGGCAAAGUGAUCCCAUUCAAUAUGGUUAUUAUAAAAGACUAAUGUGAAACUCAGCUUCCAGCUUGACUUGUUCCAGUUCUGGGUCAGGGGUGGGAGCACAAGCUACUGACCAGGCCCAGGGGAGCCCAGUGCACAGCUGGGUGGGGUGCUGACGAUGGGCCUGUGCCCCCGGCCCAGGAGCAGAGGUCGGUGUGGCCUCACACUGCAGCCCGGCCUCGCUCACCCCACACCCCCCAACCCCCAUUCCUCAACUUGCCAGCCUUGGGCAAGUUGCUUAAACUCUGAGGCCUUAGUUUAUCCAUAAAAUGGGGAAAAUAGUAGUCACCUGCUUCAUAGGGUAUGUUGAGGAUUAAAUAAGAUAACAGAUUUAAAGUACUUAGAGCCUAAGCAUGGUGAAAUGUGGGGCAGUUUCAAAGAUAAUGCUUAAUUCUGAUAGAGUCCCAGGCGAUCAAGUUGUCCCAACCCUUCCCUGGAUGAUCUGAGGCUUUCUGGAGGUCUGGCUGUCUGCCCCAGGGCUGCCUCAACUCCAGGUCCCACCCUAGGCGCCCCACCUGCCCACGGGUCAAAGAGGCUCAUUAGGGGGAGGUCCCAGUGGCUUGUCUCUCACACACGCACGCGCACACACACACACACACACACACACAUUCUGUCUUGCCAUCCGCACUGAGUCUACUCUGGUGGCCUCACACCCAACUAACAUGAGGCUUGGUGAAGAGGCCAUAGGGUAAGGAUGGUGGGAGAGGUGGUUAGUGCCCCUCUGGCCAUCAGACCACACUCUAAGUCUUACAUGACAGAGAAAGUAGAAAAGGGGGUUACAACCCUCCCCAACCCCCACCCCGAAGGGACCUUGUUAACCACAGGUUCUGCCAUAAAAAGUGGAAGGCCUGGCACACUUCCCAGAUGUCAUAGUGGCGAGGGCAACCCUCCUUCCCCUGACCAGGAACAACCUCACACUGACACCCCCCACUGGUGCUGGGAGCAGAGACCCUGUUGUAGCCAGCACUCUCGGUUCCUCACUCGCAUCCCUUCUGACUUCUGCCCUACCCUGCACCUGUUAACCUGAGGGCUUUUCCCAAGCCCCAGAAAUCUACUCCGCAGGCCUUGGGUGGGCAAGGCAAAAAGCACAAGGGAAUGACAUCUGGGAGCCAUCAGGAGCUGGUGCACAGACAGCCUGGCUCCCUUGCUCCUGGGUGGGGUGACUGUUUCUCUCCAGGUUAAGCUCCAGUUGCCCACGGUGGUAGCUGGCUUGAUAAUGCCCUCUGCAUUGGCUGCCUCCCCCACCCACCCCCGGACUCACUUCUCCACUCUCCUACUGGUGUUUCCCCUCCCAAAUAAACAACUUGUUCUGAGUCUUCUCUCAGGGUCUGCUUCUGGGGGUCUGAAACUAAAACACCUUCCUUCCUGGGCUGCUUUUUCAGACAGAAGGGAUGUUCUGGCUCUCACACCCCUCUGCCCCAGAGGGGGUGAAAGACGAGCAGGAGAAGGCUGCAGGGGUCAAAGUUGGGCCCAAGUCCUUAAAACA